AGUGAGGUACUAGAUAUUACCUACUUCGUAUCAACAACCAAGUAGAGAAAUCCACAUUCUAGACGCUCGCUUGAUUUCCGAAUGUCGGGCCCGGACGACGCCUGCACCUCCCUUUUUUCUUGUCCCGCCUCGUGUUGUCGUUCAUCUUGUCUUGUCUCGCGUCCUGUCGCUUGUUCGCUCCCUCUUAUUUUAUUUCCUAACGGAUAUUUCCAUUUCCCAUUACUCCCGCCGCCCCUGCCGGCAUCAUCUAUUUCCACCACCUUAAAAUUAUCAGGGUCCCGAUACUAUGGCCACCUGAAUAUCUUUCUAGGAACCCAGCAGCUGGUGGGGUCUCUCCGUACACAUCCUGGCUCCAAAAGACACAACAGCGUCUGCCGCCACUGCCUGCAGAUACCUCGAGGGUUUGUCAAGACUCGAGGAGUCUGGUACUAGAGGCCUGUCCGGCAACGCUUUCGACGACCCCCGAUGCCAUGGGCCCCAAACCGUCCAAAGCCGAGCCAACAAUGGACCAGAAUCACCAACGCGCUUCCCAAAGCCCGGUCGUGUUUUCGCGUGUUGCCGGUCUCCGCAACUCACCCCGUCUUCCAUUUCCUCGACCGCUUUCUCGUCUUUCUCUGAUCACUCCUGAUCCAAUUCGUCUCGGACCCUCCCUCUCCCCGGUCGACCCCUUCUCCACCCGGUAUGAGGGAGCUUCGUCCUUUCCGAUACCCCUUCGCCGAUCCAGUCAUACGCCGAAGCUUCCCCCGCCAGACCACGCCAUAAUACCAUACGGCUCCUCCAGCGUGUCUUCCUGGCGAGUCGGUCAACCCAAGCGGUCUUACAAUGCCGACGCCGACGCCCGGAAUACCAACACUGCACCAGGAGCGUCAGCAUUAGCGUCAGCGACGACACCUGAGGCGGCACAGGACGAGAGCACAAGCAGCAGCACCUUUUGGGGGCUGACACUUGACUUUCCUCAGCUGAGGGAGAAGGAUUCGGCUCUCCUCCGACCGAAGCCCUCAAGUGACUUGGGACUCGGAACUACGGCCGAGUUGCCCCUCACUUUCGAGCCAGCCGUCCAUCAGCUAUUCGCUCGUCUACAUCAACUCCUCGGGGGUUCAGCACAGCGUCUCAAGCGCUCUGAACGGGUCGUCAUAUUGCUAUGUCCCGGCGCCUAG